AUGGUUCUAAUUUCAGAUAAUGAAGCAGCAUCGAUAUCAAAGCCAUAUCAUGAGGGAACUGCGCAACUAAUCUCAUCUGAAAAUGAUACAACAGUUGCAUUGUUUAACCAGCUCACUGAGGAACUAGGCACCAGAUCGUCGACUCCGUUUGAGUCAGAUCAAAAGGUGGAAUCUAUCAUUUCGAAAAUACCGGAUAUCAAGAUUUCAAAUCGGCUUAGGUCGAAGUUUAAAAUAUCUGUAAUUGAUAGUAAUGCAAUUGUCAAACCACUAAAACUUUUUGCUCUGCGACAUUAG